UCGUUCCAGUCGCUAGUGAAAACAGACGAUUAUUUACUCCCAAUAUUUUUAAUAACCUAUAAUUAAAGAUAAAAAGUACAUGAAACAGCACGGCGAUUUGUGUCUGUUAACGUCAAUAUUCUAAUCGAUACGCGCGUAUCUACGUAUGCGUGACAUUUGUGGCGUUUCACUGCAAAACACGUACGGAUAUAAAAUUCUGAAUGCGCAGCGUGUGCUUGCCAUAACAAGCCAAUGACAUCGCAAUAAUCGACGAUAUAAUGUAAUAAUGUAAUUCAAUAAAUCGAAGUAUGCUAACGGAAAGAUCAUAAGCGACAUCAAAAGAAAAUACGAAGAUACUGGGGAAUCGAGAUGGGUUCUGUUCUAAGCUACUUUUUCGGCUAUUCGGACAGCGAUACGAUAGAUCCAAAAGUUGGACUGACCAAAAGAGAAAUGAGGCUCGUGAGAGAAACGUGGAACAUAGUGCGCGUACAUUCGGUCAAAGCUGGCGUAACUAUUAUGGCAAGCUAUUUCAGCAAAUAUCCGCGAUAUCACCAAGUGUUCCCUGCGUUCAAGCACGUCCCUGUAGACGAGCUAGCGGGCAAUAAAAAGUUUCAAGCUCACUGUCAAAAUAUCAUGAGCACAUUGAGCAAUUCGAUCGAUGCUUUGCACGAUGCUGACUUGAUGGACGCGAUAUUGCAUUCCACCGGCGAGAGACACGGCCGACGAGGCCAGGGUAGACAGGAAUUUAUCGACUUGAAAGCAGUGAUGCUAGAAGUAAUGAAGGACACGUUAAAGUCGAAAUUUCCCGCCGAGGUGGAAGUCGCAUGGAACAAAACGAUCGAUAUUCUAUUUUUAAAAAUAUUCGAAGGCAUCGAACGCACCGCUUCCUGACAAGCACCAAUGAACGAUUUUUUUAAUCAGCAUCCGCGUCGCUAUCGCUAUCUAAGUGUACGUAAUCGGUGGCUUCGCUGCUCGUUUCGGUAGUGUAUCUGUUCUUUAUUCUUCUCCCUCUCGUCUCCUCCCUUUCGUCUUCACUCCCUUGCUGCUUUAAUUUUCUACGAAUUAAAGCGCGAAUAUUGUAAAACAAGGGCAGAAAUGAAACGAAACGUGUGAAACCAAUAGGCGAAGAAAGAAAGUGAAGCCGAGGAAUAAUCGGAAUAAUACUUGUAUUUAACUGUGCGAAAAUGUUGCCUGAUUCUUUGCAAGAUCGUGUAACAUAUCAGCGUUAGCAGUGUUCCUAGCAAUCCUAACAGAGUCGCCAUGAGAAUGACAUCGACCUGCAUCCAAGGAUCUUCCUCCCGACGUUCGGAUGGUUCGAGAGUUACUGGAUAACUGUAAAAAUUCAUAAUGGAUAUCGGUAAUUGAGAUUAUACGAUUAUGGUACUUUUACUUUCAAAGGAACAUUGUACGCGUAUUAGUAAAUAUCUGUUAGCCAUAAAUAACGAUAACGUCUCUAUUUUUUAUUUUUUGAGAUACAGCGCGAAAGUUCAAAAUUCCAAGAAGCAAAAUUGUUUAAAUUCACUUGUAAAACUGGAAUGAAAAAUCAGAGAAAAAUACGUAUAAAGGGGAAAGAAAGGAGAAUAUAUCGUGAAUAUAAUAUGAUUUUGUGGAAAAAAGGGAAAAUGAUAAACUUUAUCGAUAAUGGUUGAAGAUUUAUAUAUAUAUAUAUAUAAUU